AUGAGGAAGCUUGACCCUUCCAAAAAAGACAGGUGGAUCUGGAGUGUUGAUGUAAAAGGCUAUAGGAUUCGAGCAUUUGUCCUCGCCUAUAGCCAUCUUUGUGGGUUUGGCUUGUAUUUAGGACACCGUUUUAGCCAGCCACAUCCGCCCGCCAUCAGGUUCUCAUCCGCGAAGCACCGUGCAGAUUUCAGUAGUACCGCACGCAUGCACUGUCCAGGGCCCCUGUCUCACGCGAUUCAUGAUCGUCCGACGUUCUUGUGCCCCUCGUCUCAGCAUUCCAGUGCGACGCUCAUCUCUGUCUUGCAACCAGUGCGCUUCUCGUACGACCCGCAAUGCCCGAGUGCGACCCGUCACAAGAUCCACGACAGCCAGCGUACAACAUCCACGUCCUAG